ACGUCACUAGAAAAGGCGGUUUUGCCGCUGGCUUUUGUUAAUAAAUAAAUAAAUAAGUGUUGACAGAAUGAGCACCGCCAAGGUGCCGCCGGAAUGGAAACGUCGGGUCAAGACCGAGUACAUGAAAAUACGUCAACAAAAGCGCUACAAACGGGCCGAUGAGAUCAAAGAAGCUUGGAUCAAAAACUGGGACGAGCAUAAUCACAAUGUGCAGGAUCUGUACUGUGAGUCUAAGACGUGGCAGGCAAAACCAUACGAUCCGCCACACGUAGACUGCGUGAAGCGUGCCGAGGUGACCAGCUAUAAUGGCUCCAACGGAACCCAACGUGUGCCCAUCUGUGUGAUCAAUGCGGUGACUCCGAUACCCACGAUGUACACCUGGGCGCCCACGCAGCAGAACUUUAUGGUUGAGGAUGAGACAGUGUUGCACAACAUACCAUAUAUGGGUGACGAAGUUCUCGACAAGGAUGGCAAGUUCAUUGAGGAGCUGAUAAAGAACUAUGACGGCAAGGUGCACGGCGACAAGGAUCCGUCGUUCAUGGACGAUGCCAUCUUUGUGGAGCUGGUACACGCACUGAUGCGAACCCAGAACAAGGAAUUAGAGGAAACUGCCACAACGGCAACAACCAAGGGGACAUCGGGGAGUGCCACGAAACCCACAACUGAGGAAGAUGAGAUUGAGCAGAAGCCAGAGGCUGUGGCGACGAUCGAAACAGCUGCCUUGGGCGAAGUGAAGGUAGAGGAGGCGGAAGAUACCGCUGCCGGGGAGUCACAGGACAAGAAACCAAACGUUGAGGAGGUAAAGGAAAAGUUACCCUUCCCUGUUCCCAUUAUAUUCCAGGCUAUAAGUGCAAAUUUCCCAGACAAGGGAACAGCGCAGGAACUUAAAGAGAAGUAUAUUGAGCUGACCGAGCACCAGGAUCCAGAGCGACCACAGGAGUGUACACCCAACAUCGAUGGCAUUAAGGCCGAGAGUGUCUCCCGUGAACGCACCAUGCACUCGUUCCACACGCUCUUCUGUCGGCGUUGCUUCAAGUACGACUGUUUUCUGCAUCGUCACCAUGCGCAGGGUCUGCAGGGACACGCUGGUCCCAAUCUUCAGAAGCGGCGUUAUCCCGAGCUCAAGACUUUUGUCGAGCCGUGCAGCAAUUCAUGCUACAUGCUGAUCGAUGGCAUGAAGGAGAAGUUGGCCGCCGAUAGCAAGACACCGCCCAUAGAUUCCUGUAAUGAGGGCAGUUCGGAGGAUAGCAACGACAGCAAUAGCCAGUUUAGCAACAAGGACUUCAAUCAUGAGAACAGCAAGGAUAACGGAAUAGCAGUCAAUAGCGCCGAAAUCAAUUCCAUAAUGGCUGGCAUGAUGAACAUUACGAGCACUCAAUGUGUUUGGACCGGUGCCGAUCAGGCGCUCUUUCGAGUACUGCAUAAGGUCUAUCUAAAGAAUUAUUGCGCCAUCGCGCAUAACAUGCUUACGAAAACUUGUCGCCAGGUGUACGAGUUUGCCCAAAAAGAAGCUGCCGAGUUUUGUUUCGAAGAUCUAUGCCAGGACUUUACACCGCCGCGCAAGAAAAAGAAGAAGCAACGCCUGUGGUCGCUGCAUUGCCGCAAAAUCCAACUGAAAAAGGACUCUUCGUCCAAUCACGUCUACAACUAUACGCCGUGCGAUCAUAUCGGGCCCUGUGACAUGAACUGUUCGUGCAUCCAGACCCAAAACUUCUGCGAGAAGUUCUGCAAUUGCAGCAGUGAUUGUCAGAACCGUUUUCCUGGCUGCCGUUGUAAGGCGCAGUGUAACACAAAGCAGUGUCCUUGCUAUUUGGCAGUGCGGGAAUGCGAUCCGGAUCUGUGUCAGGCUUGUGGUGCCGAUCAAUUUAAGUUGACGAAAAUCACCUGCAAGAAUGUGUGCGUACAGCGUGGAUUGCACAAACAUCUACUUAUGGCCCCUUCGGACAUUGCCGGCUGGGGCAUCUUUCUGAAGGAGGGCGCGCAAAAGAACGAAUUUAUUUCGGAAUAUUGUGGUGAGAUCAUCUCUCAGGAUGAAGCCGAUCGCCGUGGCAAGGUCUACGACAAGUACAUGUGCUCCUUCCUUUUCAACUUAAACAACGAUUUUGUUGUCGACGCAACGCGCAAGGGGAACAAAAUCCGUUUCGCCAAUCACUCGAUCAACCCGAACUGUUAUGCCAAAGUUAUGAUGGUCACCGGUGAUCACCGAAUUGGGAUUUUCGCUAAGCGCGCCAUACAGCCGGGCGAGGAGCUCUUCUUCGACUAUAGAUACGGACCCACAGAGCAACUGAAGUUCGUUGGCAUUGAACGAGAAAUGGAAAUUGUCUAACUCACUCCAUUAUAUUUUACAUAUAUUCUAAGAUUACUCAACUAUUCACAUUUGCAUACUUACAAAAUAAAACAAUUAUGUACACGUCUCAAUCUAAA